AUGGGUGGUGAAGUUGAUAAACUGGCAAGAGAAUGGGGAAUACAGUUCGUCCAUUCUAGUCCUUAUUAUGCUCAGUCUAACGGUCAAGCGGAGGCCAGUAACAAGAUCAUUAUCAAUUUGCUGAAGAAAAUGUUGGAAGCUAAUCCGCGACAAUGGCAUGAGACACUUUAUGAGACUCUUUCGGCCUACCGCACAUCUAAGCGGAAUCCCACCACGACAACACUUUAUGCUUUGAUGUUUGGCCAUGAUGCAGUCCUGCCUUUGGAAAUCAACUUCCAAUCAUUACGAGUUCAAGAGCAACAUCAUCUCAUUGGAGAAGACUGCGUUCAGGCUAUGUGGCAGGAACAUGAAAACCUUAGCGAAAAGCGCUUGGAGGCUUUAGAUAGUUUGGUCAUGGAAAAGCAACGAGUCGCUCACGCCUAUGAUAAGCGGACGCGGGGGAGGAGUUACAGUGAAGGAGAGUUGGUUUGGAAAGCAGUUCUCCCACUUGGCGAAAAGUUAGAUGGUCGCGGCAAAUGGACUCUAAGAUAG